UUGCGUUUAUCUGAUAGCAGCCACUACUUCAAAAGUACAAGGCAGAGUUACCUCCCCUGUUAUCGAGGACCAUCGCUUGCGAGACUGUCGUGUGUGUUGUCGCAAACUUGUCAGGUAUUUCAGUUGAAAGAUGUCACUUCCUAACUUCGUCCUUCUGAUCACAAUUGUCAGCUGCUGCCAUGGGGCCAAGAUUCUUUUAAUUCCAACUCCUGCAACUAGCCACUGUCUGGAAAUUAUGUCCAUUGGACAAGCUCUUCUGAAAAGAGGCCACCAUGUUACCUUAUUUGCCGUCCUCUUUGAUCCCAAAUCCUGUAUUGGAAGGUUGGAUAAGGAGGCUUUCAAGACCACAUUCAACGUUAUUGUUCCUGAUCUUGAUCCAUCGAUGCAGAAGACACAUGAAGAAGUGUUGGCAGCUGGACAAAAAGUCAUAUUUAGUCGUGGUGGUAUGUGGAAAAUGUUUUUGAACUUUUUGAAACCUAUGCUACAGAAUCACUGUAGUGCUGCGAUGAAAGAUAGGGUUGUUUUAGAAGGGUUAAAGAAGGGCAAUUAUGACAUUGCAUUGGUGAGUAGAAUGCCUGGCUCAGAAUGUUUGUUCGCCAUCGCUGCCUAUCUUGGGGUUCCAACAGUUGUUGCUAGCUCCUACAUCGACGCAAGAGACAGCGGAAUGCCUCUACAAAGUAACACAUUUCCUCACCUUAUGUCUAGUUUCACCAAUGACAUGACAUUCCCUGAAAGACUCAUAAACACACUCUUAAUCUUUGCCACUUCUAUCGUAUUCAAAGCUUCUUCAACAUCUACUGACUACUCUGUGCUGGGUGAUAAACUCCGAGAUGUUGACGCAAGCCAACUGGUAAGGGACUCUGUGCUUUUCAUAGAAAACUCCGAUUAUAUCAUUGACUACCCCAAAGCUGUGUUUCCAAAUUUCAUUCAGUGUGGUGGUCUUACAGCAAGCCCAGCAAACCCUCUUUCAGGGGAAUUGAAGAAGUACAUGGAUGCAGCACAAAAAGGUGUUGUACUUGUUACCUUUGGAAGCUUGAUAAAAGGGUUUCCACCACCUCUGAUUGAAAAGUUGAUGGCUGUCUUUGGUCGACUGAAGUACCAAGUUCUGUUCAAGCAGGAUAAAGAGGAAAUCCGCGGUAACAUCAAAACCAUGAAAUGGGUGCCGCAAAAUGAUAUCCUAGGCCAUCCCAACACCAAGGUGUUUAUUUCUCAUUGUGGGAAGAACGGAUUUUGGGAGGCACUGUAUCACGGAGUUCCAAUCAUCUGUAUGCCAAUCCACGCGGAAACAUUCACCACAGCCAUAAAGGUUAAGAAAUACAAUAUAGGAUCUAGAAUUGAAAUAUUUGAUGAUACUGUUGAUGAUCUGUUUGAAAAGAUAAGCCGCGUUCUUGAAAACAAAUCAAUCAGCCAGAACAUGAAGAGGAUGUCGAGGCUCCUUCGUGACAGACCAGAAAAGCCUGCAGAACGAGCGGCAUCUGCUGUAGAACAUGUUAUCAAGUACGGCGGAAACCACAUGCGACAGCCCCCAGUUUGCUUUGUUAGUUACAUCUAUGCUGAUGUAUGGCUGUCUAUUGCUGUUAUUGUCAGUGUGAUAAUUGCUGUCGAUAUCUGGAUCUGUCGCAAGUGUUGUUGCAAGGGAAAGAGCGACAAGAAGCACAAAACUGAGUGAGAUGGAACAUUUUGAUAAUGUUACUUCGUAGGUUAGAACUCAUGGAUGUUUGAAUGUUUGUUCACUUUGAUAACACCAGCACAUUACAUACAAUGAGAAUAAACUGUUUGAUAUACUUCCAAAUGUCAUGGCUCAGUCAAUCAAAAUGAUGAUUUGGCAAUUCAUUUAACUAGACUUGUUUUGUUAUAAAGGCUGCAUACGCCACCUCUGACUUCUGGCCUGUACUAAAAUGAAACUUAAUUGAACAAGAGAUUCAAGCAGUGAAAAGUUCAAUAACGUUUAGAAAAUUGAUGCCAAUGUCGUAUUUUGUUUUGUCAAAUUUUAUAUUCAUAUUAUUCCAAUAUUCAAUGGACACUUCGUUUAGUUCGAUAUUUUAUUAUAUCAAAUGCACUAUGGCGGAAUACAUAUGUACUAUUCAUGUUACAUAACAGGAUACGUAACAGUCUGACGGUGUUUAGCCAUUGUGUUAGUCAGUAUGCAAUCUGACCGUUGGACAGCAGCUAGGCAGGCUGCCUCACUGAUCCUCCAAGAUGCUGUCUGGCCAUUGCUGUCCUGUUACCAUUGUGUUUUGUUUGUUUGUUGAUAAUGCAGCACUCAGCACUGUUCAAGCUAUAUGACAGUGGUCUGUAAAUAAUCGUGUCUGGACCAGACAAUCCAGUGAUUGAUAUCAUGAACAUUGAUCCAUGCAGUUGGGAUACGAUGACAUGCAUCAACCAAGUCAGCGAGCCUAACCACUCAAUCCCGUUAGUCGCCUCAAGCAGGAUCGACUUUUAUACGGCAAGCAUUGGAUUGACGAAUACCUUUCCACCCCGGAUCCUCAUGGGUGUGGCUGUAUUCUUUUAAUCAGGAAUAAAAUGUUGUGGACCCAAUGAUGGACUCCUGUAUUGGAAGAGACAGAUCUCCCAAACGAAAUAGUCCUGGAUACUUGUAAUGAUUUGUUUGUUUAACGCCACUGUCAUAGCGACUGAUUUACGACACCCAUUGUCUGAAGAACAUUUAAUUGCAAAGGCUCUUUACCCUGGAGCCAUGACAUCUAUAUGCCUUGAAACAUUUAA